GUCCCCUACCCAUCAUAAUUAAUUGUUACAAUAUUGUGUCAACUCUAUCAAACUUUCCCAGAAUUAUGGCAUUCAAUCAAGAAUUAGAAGCUAUAACCCAAGCUUUCUCAGGACAUGGUGUGGAUGAGAAAUCAUUGACAACAAUAUUGGGAAAAUGGGAUCCUUUGGAGAGAGAGUCUUAUAGGAAGCAGACAUCAAAUUUCUUCAUUGAAGAUCAUGAACGCCAAUUUCAGAGAUGGAAUGAUCAUUGUGUUCGUCUUCUCAAACAUGAGUUUGUGCGUUUUAAGAAUGCAGUGGUGCUUUGGAGCAUGCACCCUUGGGAAAGAGAUGCUCGUUUAGCAAAAGAGGCCCUAAAGAAAGGCCCAAGUUCAUAUGGUGUGCUGAUUGAGAUUGCAUGCACAAGAUCUUCAGAAGAGCUUUUGGGAGCUAGGAAGGCAUAUCAUUCCCUCUUUGACCACUCCAUUGAAGAAGAUGUUGCUUCUCACAUUCAUAGCAUUGAUAGAAAGCUCUUGGUUGCACUUGUGAGUGCCUAUAGGUAUGAAGGAUCAAAGGUUAAAGAUGACACUGCAAAAUCAGAAGCCAAAACACUUUCCAAUGCCAUUAAGAAUGAUGAAAAGAAGCCUAUUAUAGAGAAUGAUGAAGUAAUAAGGAUUUUGGCUACAAGAAGCAAGCCACAUCUUCAAGCAGUUUACAAGCACUAUAAAGAGUUAUCUGGCAAGAAUCUUGAAGAGGAUCUUAAUGACUUAAGGUUUAAAGAGACUGUGCAAUGCCUUUGUACUCCACAAGUAUAUUUUAGCAAGGUUUUGGAUGAAGCAUUAAGAAUUGAUGUGGAUAAGAAUAUUAAGAAAUCACUUACUCGUGUGAUUGUUACUAGAGCUGACAUUGAUAUGAAGGAGAUAAAAGCUGAGUAUAAUGACUUAUAUGGAGUUUCUUUGCCUCAAAAAAUUGAAGAAACUGCUAAAGGGAACUACAAAGAUUUCUUGCUAACCUUGAUUGCUAGAGGAGGCUAAUUGAUGAAAUUAAUUUGAGAGCCAAUCUUUGGUAUAUGAAAUUUGAGUUAUAUUUUCUGUCCUAUAUUGUUUAUCAAUUUAAAUUUUUAUUGGUGAUGUUAUUGCAUGCUUCACAUUGUACUAUUAUCGUCACAAAAGAGAGAAAAACGUGUAAUCGAAUAAACUAGGAUCUUUGUCGAUUAAAUAAAGGAUUUGUUUUUCUAUUAU